AAGAAAGGAAAUCAAUCACUUUACAUACCUGUUAAGACGUCAAUUGGAAUCUAUAAAUUUACAAAGUUGUGAAAUGCCUUUACUGUUUCAUUCCUUGGCUGGCUCCAUCUGUAAUUCAAAAUGUUCCGCUUUUCGAAUGGAGCAGUAAACCUGAGUAAAAAUGGCUUUGUGGACAUCUUGGAAAGCAAUCCUAUCGUUGUAUGGGACAAAAAAGUGCCAGAUACUGAACUUGAGAAAUUCAAGAAAAUAAUUGAAAAGAAAUAUGGCCAGCACUUCAAUUCUUAUUGGGAUUUUCAUAAAUGGUCAGUGGAUAAUUAUACAGACUUCUGGAAAGAAAUAUGGCACUUUUUCGACGUUAUAGCAUCCAAGCCAUACGAUGAGGUUUUGGUGAAAACAGGUACUGGAUUCUUAGAUAACGAAUGGUUUAGUGGUGCAAGAUUAAAUUUUGCAGAAAAUCUCAUGAUAAUAAGAGAUGACCGACUGGCUUUGGUAUGUGCAGACGAGAAAGGAAAUGAAGAUACGGUGACAUUUGCCGAAAUGUUCGAAGAAGUUAGGAAAUAUGCUGCAGCCUUUCGGAAACAUGGUUUGACAAUCGGAGACAGAGUAGCCUGCAUAAUGACAAAUAGGAAAGAAGCCAUUUUUGCUAUGUUUGCAACGACAAGCAUAGGUGCAAUUUGGAGUGGGCCCCUUCCUUUUCAUGGUUCUAGAGCCAUAUCAAAUCUGGUAAAAUUUGUGGAUCCGAAAAUGAUCAUCGCCUUAGAUCACUUUCAAGACGAAGGCGAAGAAUAUGACCAAUUUGAUAAAAUCGUUGCAGCUGCACAAAGUGCUCCAAAUGCGACCAAAGUGAUUGUAUUGGCCACAAAACCGCAGACAGUAUCUCGUUUAUCUGAGAUCCCUAAGAGCCUGUUGUUAGAGGACUUUCUGCAAAGUGGACGAUUACCUGACGGUAGAUUACCAGAGCUGGUGUUUGAGCAGUUACCAUUCGAUCAUCCUAUUGCUAUUAACUUCACAUCAGGCACAACCGGACUUCCGAAAGGGGUUCUUCAUUCAGCUGGGACUUUCAUAGCGAUACUCAGAGAUUUUGGAUUGCAUCUGAAUUUAAGGAAUGGAGAUACAGUUUACACCUAUUGCCCGGUCGGUUGGAGUGUAUGGGACAAUCCUAUUCCAAGCCUUGCUUUGGGAGUGAAACUCUUCCUAUUUGAUGGAAGUGCCGAAUACAAAAAGAAAGGCCUCACACUUUGGGAUUGUAUGUCCAAGUACAAAGUAACAUAUGCGUGCCUCACACCUGCUUGUCUGGACAAUUUAGAAAACGCUGGGAUAGAGCCUGAACACGGAAUGAAUUUUGAUAGUUUGAAAAUUAUUGCACUUGGGGCCAGCCCAUCAAAAAUCAGGAAUUUUGAUUUCCUGUAUAAGAAAGUGAACAAAAAUUUGUUCGUUUCUAGUAUUUAUGGAGCAACGGAAGUGUUUGGAGCUUUCUCAGGAUUUGAUUUAAACAUACCCGGAUAUUCUAGUGAGUGCCAAGUACCAGCUCUCGGGGUCGAUCUGCAUGUUUUUGAUGAACAAGGUCGAUCCGUUGUUGGAAAGCGUGGAGAAAUGGUGGUUAAAACUCCAACUUUAUCUUUCCCUGUUUAUUUAUGGAAAGAUGAAAACAAUGAAAAGUUAAAAGAGACAUACUUUUCAAAAUACCCAGGAGUUUGGAGUCAAAAUGACGAAGGAUGGAUCAAUCCUAAGACAAAGGGAAUUGUAGUAAUUGGAAGAAGUGAUGAUACAUUGAAGCAAGGGGGAGAGCGAUUUUGCGCUGGCGAUGUAUAUUUUGGAAUUGAUAGAAUGGAGGAGCUGCAGGACUUUAUCUGCGUCGGCCAGGAUAAGUGGAAUGGGGAGACCAGGGCUGUGCUCUUCGUGAAGUUGAAGAAAGGGUACAAAUUCACUCCAGCUCUAAGAGCCAAAAUUGCCGAGACCAUCAAAAGGGAAGUGUCGGACGAUUAUAUUCCGAAGCUCAUAUUAGAAAUACCAGAUAUACCAUACAAUCUCAACCACAAGCGAAUGGAAAGCACGGUGAAGAAAAUUUUAGCGACUAAUACCAUCCCAGAGGUAUCGAACAUUAAGAACCGUGAGAGUCUACAAUAUUAUUUAAAUAUUCCAGAAGUGCUGAGUUAUAACGAGAAGUAAUUUCUAAACUAGACAAUCUUUAUUGAAAUUUCUCUACUUUUCGCCCUAUUAGAAGAAAACUCAAGCGAUUAAACAUAUGCGAAGACAAAUCUAUUUGUAAACUGAAUGUGCAAUCGAUCUUUUUUUAAAUGAAAUUCUUUGAAAUAAGUUUUUAUUUAUAAAACAUAUUAUGCAGUUUUAAUUUGGCACUUGUGUUGAAAUUUUAACUGCAUUCAAAACUUAGUGUAUUUUUGUACAUAAAAUAAUAAAAUAAAUAUUUUUUUCAAACUUU